AUGCACCGUGAAGAUCAACCAUUUAACCGAUUCAGAAAGGUGGACCCUGCGGAGGGUUCCAUAUCGCAGGCCGCAGGAUUUCGCAACAUCCUGAUCGUGGAAUCACCCGGAGAGGAAUUGUCGCCGGAUCAGGGUGUCAGCAAAGCAUAUUGCAUCGCGAUCCUCCCCCGUCGGAAUCGUAUAACCUAUAUGCCUUUGGUGACAACAUCGGAGGAUUUCCGAUGUACUACGCCGACGGUAGGAUCCCCAAAGGAUAACAAUAGGCCUUCGCUCACCAAUUGUGGAAAUUUAGGCAAUGCUGUGGUUGGAAACAAGACUCCCCAGAACGCAACGAACGUUGGUCAGGUUUCCUUUACGCCUGGUGACUCUGGCCUUAUGGUAGCUAAUCCAGCUUCCAAUUCGACGGAGGCGAAUGGUACGAGCCAGCCCCCUUUUCAAAAUCAGCAAUUAUUUGUUCCCGGCCCGGACUCGAGCGAUCACCAAGUUGGCUUUACCCAAAAUGCCACAUCAAACCAAAUCACAUCCAACUUCAUUUGGUACGGACACUUUCUCCUGGUUGAGAAUGACGGUGGAGAAUAUACAUCCCUUUUCUACGCCAAGAAGACCGAACAAGAGGAUGUAUUCUCCCUGCAGUGGAACAUUACAGAUGAAGAUGAUGAGGGUGACUUCAUCUCAAUUUCUAUGAGGGGUCUACCUCCCUCAAAUGCUUGA